AUGUCCCACCCCAGGCUGCUGCUGCUCCUCGUCCUGCUGGCAGCCGCCGGCGCCGGCCGCGCCCUCAGCCUGUCCAGCGCCGCCUCCAUCCUCAGCUGCCUGCAGGCCGCCCUCUCGGAGCCACGGCGGAUCCUUCCCGAGGACAACACCGUCCUGGAAAAGCGCGGAUCCGCGUCCCCAUCCAUGGAGGAGGCGCCCGAGGAGGACACGGAGGAGGAGGAGGAGGAGGAGCUGGGGAAAAGGACAUUCCCGGGGGACGGCCGCCACAAAUACGCGUCCCAGGCGCAGGGCAAGGGCAAGGGCCAGCAGAACCGGGCCAAGAGCGACCGGCGCACCAAGGUGACGCUGUCCCUCGACGUCCCCACCAACAUCAUGAACAUCCUCUUCAACAUCGCCAAGGCCAAGAACUUGCGGGCCAAGGCGGCGGCCAACGCGCACCUGAUGGCGCAGAUCGGCCGCAGGAAGUGACUGGGGGCCACCCGAGGGGACAGAUGGCCGGCUGUGACAUCGGCCUGGGCUGGUUGUGACCCAUCGAGCGACCCCUCAUCUG